UUCUCUCUGCCCCUCUCUCUCACCCUCCUUCCCCCCAUUCUUCUUCUCUCCUCUGAGACUUCUCUUCUUCAUCUAAAAAGCCUUCCGUAUAUCGUCUUCAUCUUUAGAUCUCACUUCUUCUAUAAGAUUACAUAUCAUUCAAAUUUAAAGAUGUUGCAAGAUAUGUGGAAUGCUCCGCCUGGUUUCAGACCCACCAAGUCUGCCCCUUCCUCACCAGCCAAGCCUCUUGGAGUUUUGAGGACCCGGUCCGAGUCGUUUCAUGUGACUCACAAAGUCCCAGUAGGCGACACUCCUUAUGUUAGAGCCAAGAAUGUUCAGCUGGUGGAUAAGGAUCCAGAAAAGGCGAUCCCACUAUUUUGGGCUGCCAUUAAUUCUGGGGACAGAGUGGACAGUGCUUUGAAAGACAUGGCUAUUGUGAUGAAGCAACAGAACCGGGCUGAAGAAGCCAUUGAAGCCAUCAAGUCACUGAGACACCGGUGUUCGGAUCAAGCCCAAGAAUCUCUUGACAACAUUCUUUUGGAUCUUUACAAGAGAUGUGGAAGAUUGGAUGACCAAAUAGCACUUUUGAGGCACAAGUUGUACUUGAUUCAGCAAGGGAUGGCUUUCAAUGGAAAGCGCACCAAAACUGCCAGAUCUCAGGGGAAGAAAUUUCAAGUCUCUGUGGAACAAGAAGCCACUAGAUUACUGGGGAACUUGGGGUGGGCUUUAAUGCAGCAGAACAACUACAUUGAAGCUGAAGAUGCUUAUAGGCGUGCUCUAACAAUUGCACCGGAUAAUAACAAGAUGUGCAACCUUGGGAUUUGUCUAAUGAAGCAAGGAAGAAUUUCUGAGGCUAAAGAAAAUCUUCGCCGUGUUAAACCUGCAGUUGCAGAUGGUCCAAGAGGAACUGAUUCCCAUCUCAAAGCCUACGAAAGGGCUCAGCAGAUGCUCAAGGAUCUUGAGUCUGAGAUGAUGAACAAGGGCGGGGACCGGGUUGAGCAGAGCAGGCUUUUCGACGCCUUCCUUGGGUCUUCAUCGAUUUGGCAGCCACAGCCUUGCAGAGACCACCACCAUAGCAGCUUGCCAGUAACAACAGAUUCUGUCAAAACUCACCAAGAUGAGUUUGCUGAUGAGAAUAUCAAUUCAAACAUAAACAUAUUCACAAACCAGAUGGGGCUUCCUCAGCAUAAAAGUAUAAAGCAAGUUCCUCAAGCCCCUCCUCCUUUUGGAAACUCACUAAAUGUUGCUGCACAGCCUUACUACGCAAAGUUCAUGCCAGCCCCAACUAGCAAUCAAAUUGCUGAGACCCUUAAGAGAACAAGGUCUGGAAAUGCUGCCAAUUCAAUGAGAGUGACCGAUACGGCUGAGAUCACAAAGCCUACUGUGGAAUUGGGUGUACCAGAGAACAAGACCAGAAGAAGGCUCUCUCUUACAUCUGAAGAAACAGGGGACGAGUUAACAAAUUUGUUGCCCGACAACAAGGACUUCGAAGAGGCUAUCAUCUCUGCGGUUAUUGACCCAACUAAUGAAACUGGAAAGGUGAUUGGUACCAGCAACAGUUCCGGGAUCUUUCCGAAGAAGAUUGAAAAGAGGCUGAGGGUUUUUCAAGAUAUUACUCUCUCUUUGAGUCCAAGGGCCUGAACUAAUUUAAUCUAAUUAAUUAGUCUUCUAUAUUAAUCAUUUACCUUUAAACUCAUUUAAUUUGAAGAAUUGCAUAGUUUUUUUUAGGCUGGAGAUGAACUUGUUCUCCUUUCUUUAUCUUAUCUUCUGGGAGAGAAUAGAGUAUGUAGUUGAAGUUGUACGGGUAGAUUUAUUCUAUGUAUGCCUUGCAAAUUGUAAACAGGGCCAAUCUUUAACAGAACAAUAAUAAUAACGGCUCUUUUUCUACAA